CCGGUUAUGCUGGACGACAGCGACCCAUCCGCCCGCAAGGAUUUGAAACCGUUUGGCUGUGGCGGCGGGGCGGCGGCGGCCGAGUGGACGGCUUGCUUGUGGGGGCUCCAGAAAGGAUUGUGGAAAUGGAAAGUGAAGAAGAAAAAUGGGAGAAGCUGGAUGCAGAAUUUGAUCACUUUGUGGUAGAUAUGAAGCCCUUUGUUCUAAAAUUACCCCACAGGUCAGAACGGCAGAGGUGUGCUCUUUGGAUCAGAAAGCUGUGUGAGCCCUCAGGAACAGGUGCAGGACUCAUGGGUAGGAAGAAUCGGAACCUGUACGCAAAGCUGUUACUGCAUAUGCUUAGGCGAGGAGUACUUGAAGGCCCUUUUACACACCGUCCUGAGCCAGGAAUGCUAAAAACAUUACCAUCAUAUAUGUCUAUCUAUUUUGAUGAACCAAAUCCAGCACAACCAAAAGGUUCAAGCCCAGAGAAGUUACCUGACUGGGUAAUGGGUGAGCUGGAGACAGGUGAACACAGAUUAAAUGAAUCAUGGCAGUUUUCUUCUGGAGAAGAGAACACGAUGCUGUCGGCAAGUGAUGUCCACAGUAGAGAACAGUGCACUGAAAAGCUUCGAACGAGGUCCCAUUCCAUGAGUCCAACUUAUGGAGAAGACAGACAACAUAUUACUUCAAAGAUCUGUGAAAUUCAUUCAAAAAAGUCUCCAAUUUCUUUGGAUGAGAGUGACAUUGAUGCUCGCCUGAAUAGUUGGAAUCUUGGGAUAGAAAAUCCUCGGUACCUGAGACAGAAGCCUCUUCCAGUUUCUCUGAUAACUCCAAAGGUCAGCCUGAGAAAGUCUAGCAGUCUUCAUGAUGAUCAUUUUCUUUCUCGAAUGCAUGAGAAAGAGUUGGACAUGAAAACAAAAAUGAUGGAAGCAAAGUUUUAUGAAGAAAAACUUAAGCUGCAACAGAAACAUGAUGCUGAUGUGCAGAAGAUUUUAGAAAGAAAGAAUAAUGAAAUUGAAGAUUUGAAAAUCUUAUACAAAAAGAAACAAACUGAAACUGAGGAGACUAUAAGAAAACUUGAAAAGAAAGUUCAGAUCCUUAUACGUGACUGUCAAGUUAUCAGAGAAACUAAAGAAAACCAGAUAACGGAACUGAAGAAGAUGUGUGAGCAAAGCACAGAAUCUCUGAAUAAUGAUUGGGAGAAAAAGCUCCACAAUGCUGUAGCAGAAAUGGAAAAGGAAAAAUUUGAGCUUCAAAAGCGACAUACUGAGACUAUUCAGGAAUUGCUGGAGGAUACAAAUGUGCGUCUGAAUAAGAUGGAGGGUGAAUACAUGGUGCAGACACAGUCCACAAACCACAUGAUCAAAGAACUGGAGGGCCGCGUCCAGCAGCUGACUGGGGAAGCAGAGAACAGUAACUUACAAAGGCAGAAAUUGACUCAAGAAAAACUGGAGCUUGAAAGAUGUUACCAGAUGACAUGUAGUGAAUUACAGGAGCUGAAGACGAGGCGUAACAUACUACAUAAAGAGAAAGAGCAUCUUGUAAAUGAUUAUGAGCAAAAUGUGAAAUUGUUAAAAACCAAAUACGAUUCUGACAUAAACCUCCUGAAACAAGAGCACGCGCUUUCAGCUUCUAAGACAUCUGGAGUGAUUGAAGAUCUGGAACAGAACAUCUGUCAGUUAAAGCAGCAGAUCCAGGAGUUAGAGCUUCAGAGGAAACAGCAAGAAAAGGAUCAAGAAAAUAAGUUUCACAUGGAAAGGAACCAUUUAAAACACACCUAUGAGAAAAAGGUUCAUGAAUUGCAAAGUGAACUUGAUAAACAGAAAGAAAAUGCUCAGAGGAAUAUCCAUAAAUUUGAGGAAGCUUUGAAGGAGAAGGAGGAGCAGCUCAGCCGCGUGACUGAGGUUCAGAGGUCUCAGGCCCAGCAGGCGGAUGCUGCCCUGGAGGAGUUUAAGCGGCAGGUGGAAGUGAACUCUGAGAAGAUCUAUGCUGAGAUGAAAGAGCAGAUGGAAAAGGUAGAAGCAGACCUAACUAGAUCCAAGUGUCUUCGUGAGAAGCAGUCCAAGGAGUUUCUAUGGCAGCUAGAAGACGUCAAGCAGAGAUAUGAACAGCAGAUAGUAGAGCUGAAGCUGGAGCAUGAACAGGAGAAGACGCACCUAUUACAGCAGCAUAACGCAGAGAAGGAUAGCCUAGUCCGAGACCAUGAACGGGAAAUUGAAAACCUGGAGAAACAGCUUCGCGCUGCCAAUAUGGAGCACAAAAAUCAAAUUCAAGAGUCCAAGAAACGAGAUGCACAGAUCAUUGCUGACAUGGAGGCCCAGGUUCAUAAGUUGAGGGAAGAGCUGAUCAAUGUGAACUCUCAGAGGAAACAGCAGCUGGUAGAACUGGGUCUUCUUCGAGAGGAAGAAAAGCAGAGGGCUGCGAGGGACCAUGAGACCGCUGUCAACAAGCUGAAGGCUGAAUCGGAAAGGGCGAAAAUGGAGCUGAAAAAGACGCACGCUGCUGAGACGGAGAUGACCCUAGAGAAGAUCAUAGCAGAACUUCAGACAACCAUUUCCUCUCUGAAAGAAGAGAGCGGUCGGCAGCAGCUUGCUGCAGAAAGGCGGCUCCAGGAUGUUAUACAAAAGUUUGAAGAUGAGAAGCAGCAGCUGAUUAGAGAUAAUGACCAAGCAAUCAAGGCUUUACAAGCUGAACUAGAAACCCGCUCUAAUCAGGUGCAAAGUGCAGAGAAGAAGUUACAGCACAGAGACCUGGAGGCACAGGAACAGAUAACAUACAUACGACAAGAAUAUGAAACAAAAUUCAAAGGGUUAAUGCCUGCAUCUCUAAGACAAGAACUUGAGGACACCAUUUCCUCCCUGAAGUCACAGGUCAACUUUCUGCAAAAGAGAGCAUCCAUUCUUCAAGAAGAACUGACCACCUACCAAGGCAGAAGGUAACUGCAUGGGAGAGCAUGGCAGGUGAGGUUGUCUGGACUGCACUGUGGACUUCAUCCAGCAGGUUUGAAGAUUUGGAUAUUGUGAACUAUGAGAUCAAUGGCUUUUUUUUUUAAUGCUUAAGUGUAAUUAAGAUCAUAAAAACAUGCAUCAUCCA